AUGGACGUCCCCCUCAAUCGCCAAUUAACUCCUGUUGGAACUGUCAAAACACUUUUCUUAAUUAUUGCAUUCCUCACUUUAACCUUAGCACUUUACUUCUUUGUAUACGUUCAGUUAGACCACACUACUACUUCGGAGUAUCAUAUCAACAAGAUGGACACUAUUACAUUACCUUUCGUGUCUUAUGUGCGCCUUGGCUUUCAGUUCUUUGUUUUUGGAGCUUUGGCAUUGAUGUUUGCCCACAAUUUUGUCAUCUCCGUCUUUUACUUCAAAGCUAGACAGAGUACUUUCUCAAAUAUCCUUAAAAUAAUUUUUAACUUUGCCGGUUGUCUUAGGCACUGCUUCGGUUUUUCAUCCGGCAUGCUUGGAACUUAUGUGUCCCUGGCAGCUUGCAAAGGGGUGCUUUAUCCUGCGACUCUUGCGGAAUUCACAUUUUUAUCGUCUUUGGCUCUCUUCAUAUUAUGGAGAUUACGACAAAUCGAAAACAAAUCUUAUGAUUUAGCCAUUGGCGGGUUUCUGUUCUUCGCAAGGGUAGCUGUGCAACUCACUCAAGUUGUGUUGUCUGUACCAGUGGUGAAACAAUCCCCUUCGGCACCUGAGAUACAACUCUGCUUCUUGAAUAUUGAAGCGAAGGUGGAAAGGGCGCUGUUUUACACUUAUCAAGCCAUUGAUGUUGUAAUCGACAUUUAUGUUACAUUGCGACUUAUUUAUAUCCUCAACAAAGCCAAUAACAAUGCCAAGCAUGUAACACCCAAUAUGCGACGUCCGUACAAACGGAGUUUGUUCACAGCUGUCAUGUACUGGAAUUUCUUGCGUCUGUUCGCUGCCUUCUUACACUACGCUGUAAACCUUUCCGGAGUCAUCACAGAUCAAGAGAAUCCCUUCAACUUCUGGACUUAUCAAUUCUUCGCCUUAGCGUUAUUAAGCUACACUAUUACGGCUGAUGCAGAAGUUGUAAGAACCAUUGAAGGAAGACCCGUAAAUUCGAACAAAGGAUCCGGCUAUAGCAGCUCAAGUGGUACGGCCAAGGCAUCAAAAACAUAUCAUUCCGGCUCACAGUCUCCACGCGCGCCGUCUUAUAAGGGUCAAGUCAUAUCAUUUAAAGAUGAUGAUGAUUAUCUGCAAUCACAACCUGCACAAUUAAAUUCAUCUAGACAGCAAGCUGUUUACGAGGAUGUGAGUGGCCAAAAAGUGGGAGUAUCAAUGAAGCGUGCGUCCUUCUUUGAAUGGGCUUCGGCCGUAAUUGGUGUCCGCCGUAACGAUCCAGACGAAGACGAACAAUAUGAUAAUACUAGGAAUGAUCGUGAUGUCGAAAAGGCUGAAACCAACGACGCUGUUGAAGUGAUUUUGGACGAGAGGCCGACAUCAGAAGAGCGAAUCGCUGAAGAAAUCGAAACAAACGCAGAGAAUUUUGAUCCUGAACGUCGUCUUUCUGGCGAUCAAAGGCGUAGCAGUACAUUCAGCGGUGAUACUGUCACUAACGGGACUACUGAGAAUAAUCCCGUCGUUCAUGCGCUUUGA